CUGGAGAUCGGGUUUCCAUUCCUAGCCGCUGCUAUCAACGUAGAUCUACGCCGGUGGGAAAACUAGUCGACGGAAGAACAGCAUCGAACCUGCAAAUUAGGAAAGGAAUUGACGACUCCCAACGGCACAUUCAAGAAGCAAUCCAAAAUUGCUCAAAGCUCAAAGGUCCACUGGUCCAGAUGCCAACGGAAGAUUUAAGGUGCAGUCAAAAAGGUUCUCCUUCAAUGUUUCAAAAGCUAAAUUCCUUGAGAUCUCAGAAGAACGAAGGUACAAAUCUUAUCGAUUUUGGAUAAACAAGAGUGCCCUUAUCUGGAUUUGUUCAUGCUUCGUUUUAAUUCUCCAAAGACCAGUGCUCACCAGUUGGGUUCAGAGCAAAAAGGAAGGUACCCGUGAUUUCCGAUUCUCUUUUGAUUCGAACUCCUUUGGGUUUUUCGUUCAGUUAACAGAAAUGAGAGAAAAUGGUUCCACCUCAAUAUUUGUUCCUGAGCAGUGGCGGACCCAGGAAUUUCGGUGAGUGGGUUCACAUUUUGUGCACAAAAAGAAAAUUUUGAUAUUUGUAUAGCAAUAAAUUUAAAACAAGGUAAAAAAGUAUCAAUAAAUAGCAUUCUGAGAUAAAUAUUGCAAGUUGUAUGUAAUAUUUUUGAAAUACUGUAUAAUAAAUAUAAUACGUUCAUUGCUUUAACCAAAAAAGAAAAAAAAAACUAAACAACUAAAAUAUUAAUUCUAGAAAUUUCUUCAAAUACUAAGUAUAUUUUAGGAAUCUUUUUAAAACANUACAUUUCAAAAAAAUUGAACAUUUUAUAAUUAAGUUUCGUAAUUAAAGUUAAAUCAAUUUUCCAAAUCUAAAAGAAUUAAAACAUAAAAUUCUACACAAUUAUAAAAGGUGUUCUCUGUUCCAUUUUCAAAAAAAUAGCACCUAAUCACAUAUAAAUAUACUCUUCUUGGAUGCCCUUAAUCUACAUAUAAUAGCUAAUUACAUACUACUACUAAUAAAUAAUUUUUUUUGGAGUGGGUGCAAUUGAACCCACUUGCACAACCGUAGGUCCGCCCCUGUUCCUGAGGGUUACACUAGGUAUGGUUUUAGACUGUUCCUUGCUAAGCUUAGAUCGGCUGGUAUGAUGUUUGAUAAUAAUAGUACUGAAUUAUGGGUUGAUGAUACUAGAUGCUUAUACCCAAACUCUUUUGAGAAGGAAACCCCUGAUGCUCAGACCAUUUCCAAAGCUCUGUUUAAUAAAGACAUUGGCUGCUAUCUAAAGUCUACUAAGUCUGAAAAUUCUACAACCAUAACUGACCCCCUCUUGAGCUCUAGUAUGGUGAAACUUGUUAGCAAUCAGGCUUAUGAUUCUUCCUUAAUGUCUUUGUCUAAAGAGAUGCAACUUGCUCUGGCUUCUACGAGAACGAGUUCCUUUUCAAAUGUAACAGUUGAUGGGUCAACUUGGGAAGCUGGAAAUUCAAAGGCAGAUUGUGGUGCUCCAACAGAUGUGGCAAUAAGUUCCAUAGUGCUAAGAGAAGGAGUAAAAUUCAAGUCCAUUGCUGACUUUGAACUACAAGACUCUAACUCUCAAAUUACCCCUGUAGAAGGGAUUGGUUUAGCACUGGCAGUUUCCUCUUCAGUACAGCCCGGGACUGGAGUUUUUCACUCGAUUGCACGCUCCUCUUCACAAGUAAUCAUAAGCUCAACCAAAGAUAAACUAUCAUUUCAUGCCUCUCCAUUCUACCCCAGAAGUCUUAUGCCAUCUAAACUAUCUUUAAAGGAUAUGGAAGCUCUAAACCUUAAAGCAGAGGAUCUCCAAAAUGAUUUAAUGAUGAUUAAGAGUUCACCAAAGAAUACUAUUUUUAGUGUGGGACUUAGAGAUCAUGAGAGUAAUAGUUCUCGUCUUUUGGAAGAGGAACAAAGCUUACUGUUUGGGGAUAGAAUACUAGAAGAUGACCCUGAUUUAUUUGAUUCUGAACAGGUCCAGGAACACCACACCUCGUUCUGGAAGACUUAGAUCAUCGGGGUAAAGGUAAAGGCAAGAAAAAGAGAAAGAAAAAAGGGAAUACAAAGAAUAAGGGUCAACAAGCUGGUGACAAACAAUGCAAGAGGAAGUGAUUUCAUUGUAACCCUUUUGAUUUGUAUUAGGUUUGUUUACUAAAUACUUGUUGGGAUGCCAUUGGUUCUUUAUAUUUAUAUAUUUCAGGGAAUAGGCUUUGAUAUUGUUGGUUUUCUUUUGGGGGUUUCAUUUGGGCUACUGUUGGGGCUUAGCCCACCCCCUCUUGUACUCUUGUUUUUUUUAAUUCAAAUAAGACGGAGCUUUCCUGGGCU